UGCGAGUUCGACACAGGGGUUGAAAAUGGCAGAGUAUGGUAAAGUGGAAAAGAGCUGCCUAAAAUUAAAAGGCGUGGGACCCAUUUCAUCUGGCAAAAAGAAGAAGAAGAUGGAGGAGAAAGAGAAGAAACAGUGCUUGGAGCAGGUAGAGGAGGUGAAACCUAAAAAAACCUAUAUAGAGAAAAGGACACCAGCCCAAGUUGCAUUUGACAAAAUGCAAGAGAAGAGGCAAAAGGAGAGGAUUUUGAACAAGGCGUCGAAGACGCACAAACGCAGAGUUGAGGACUUCAAUCGCCACUUGGACACUCUGACAGAACAUUAUGAUAUUCCUAAAGUCAGCUGGACCAAAUGAAGUGCACUGCCUUUUUUAUGGUUUAUUCAGAUUUUAUAAUCACUUAUCACUGUUCUUGGUUUUGUUGUACUUUUGUGUUGAAACAAUAAAUGAUUAAACUGC